CCAUCAUGGAACCCAUUCAUCUAUAUCUGUAUGAAGGUGGCAAUGAGCAUGAAGGUGGCUAUGAGUCUGUGUGGGAGACUAAGAUAAACCUUAAAGAUCUCCAGAAGCGAGGGACUUCAGCAGGUCAUGGGUUCUUCAAGAAACACAAGGGGGAGUUAGAGGUCCGUCUUGGUGUCCUUGCCCCUCUUCUGAUCGACCUGGAGCGCAACAUAGUCCUCACCGCUCUGGAAAGGGAGGAGGUGCAAAGCAGGUCAACCAGACAGGAAAAGAACUAUACCCUCAUGAGCAUUCUGGACAGGAGAGGCUCCAAGGCCCAGGAUAGGUUUUAUGAGGCUCUGAAAGCUCAUGACCCUCUACUGGUGGAGGACCUUGAGCAGUCUGCAAUGUAGGUCUUUUGCUGUGCCCUUUUGAGAAGGAGAUUUGAAUAUUUAGCCUUAAAAUGUUAAUUGUGUGUCAAUCACAGAUGUAUUGUUUAACUCAUGGGGCAUUUAGAUUUUUACUUAAAUUCUAAUAUGAAAACAGGUAAACCAAAACGAGCCGUUGUUUUCUCCGAUCUGCCUUUUUAAGCAUAA